ACUCUGUUCAACUAUACUGAUAUCGAGCGUUAUUAAUAUAAGCAAUUGUAUUUUUCCAAUAGCGGAACAAGAAACAUAAAUUAUUGGUCACGCCAAUUAAACUAACACAAUGGAAAUUCUCUGUUCUUGAUAUCACAACUGUCACGGGAUAUUCAUGGUUUUAUUUUAUACCAUUCAGUAAGACGACGAUACACUUCUGGCUACAUUCAGUCUCGAUUCACUCGCUCAAGAAUACACCACGAAAUGAUGUUUAAGAAUCUUAUCUGUUUCUGCCUGGUGGUAGCGAUUGUUAGCAGCGAUACAAUGGAAGAAGUCUCCAGCUCCAUAGAAACACCUCCCACAAUAUCCAGCAGCGUGAUUCCAACUUUAGAAGAACUAAAGAAACACAGAGCAAACCCAAAGAAUAAAGGAGUUUCUCUUCGUUCCUCGCUUUUCGGACUCGGGAUCGGUGCUAAUCUGCUAGGAGUGCAUGCAGGCGCAGGUAUAGGCCAUGGCCGUGGAGGCUAUGGUGAUAUGGCCCAAGGGUUUGUUGGAAAACCUGCAGGAGUCCAAUAUCCACAAUAUCCCUACCCUCCGUAUAUGCCACCACAACCAUACUACCUCCCAGCAGCUCAUACACCCUAUUGAAAGCCUCAAGGAAUGCUACUAGCGAAACCUCCUACAUGUUACCUUCCCCCUUCCAUAUACAUGGUUUUUAGUUGGCAUCUCAUUAAAUAGGGACCUCCCUAUCUAAUUCUUUAUUUAGCACAACACUAAAAUAUUUUCAUGAAGCAUUAAAAAAUAAUAUUAUUGUAAAGAC